AUGACCGACCUGUCUGAAGCAAGUGCUUCUGAAUUUGCAGCAACCCAUCUUCCACGGUAUCAUGGUCCUACCGUCAAAAUUCAGAUAGGCUCUAACAACCACGAAUACGAAAUUUCAAAGCACCUCCUUUGCAAAGAGUCUACCUAUUUUACAGCGAUGUUUGAAAGUAACUUUGCAGAGGGAGAGCAGCAGGCAUCAACUCUAAAAGAAGUGGAUGGGGUGGUCUCAGUGCGGAGUUUCGAAGCACUCAUACAGUGGAUAUACCUACGCAGGAUUCAAUUCGAUUUCGAAGGCCCAGAAGAUCAAAUAUCGGCUAUGAUAGAGCUCGCCAGACUUGCAGACAUGGAUAGAAUCUCAAACGGCUCGGUAUAUCAAGGAUAUACUUGUUGCCAAAUCUACUCCCGGCUUUUUUUUUUCGGCAUAUCGAUACUAAUAUAUUACCUCACACAUCAACAUAUUAUAUGGGCAACCUUUUUGCCCCCAGGGCAUUUGGUGCGUUGCAUCCUAGCAGCAGCCUCGGUUGAAGGGUAUCUUCGAGAUGAGAACUAUAAAUUUGUGCAGGAAACUCAGGAAUAUCCUACCUUCGGAGCUGACCUGCUUCAAGAAGUGAGGUCAACGCUAAGUCGACUCGAGUCCACUCAUCGCGAUACCACCUUUAAAGACCCUAUCAGCGGGAUGAGAAUGAGUGUCAACUCUGGUUCGGAUUCAUAG